UUCAGUUUGUAUUCCUAAUAUUUAUCAUAAAGAUCAAGAUAUCAAGUUAAUUCAUUUCCAAAGGAUUUACUUUUGAUAUUCACUUGAAACCUUCAAAAUUUUACCUUCAUCAUCAUUAUAAUAGCUUUAAAUAAUUAAUCAAUUCAAGUUCAUUAAUUAACUUUCAUAUUUACAAGUUUCAAGUGAUUAACUAUCUGCAAAAAUAUUCACCUUUCUCAAUAUACUGUUGUUCAGUUUUCAGCUUUAUAAUUAAUUGUGUUGACAAUUUAAAAACUCUGAUGAUAAUUUUCACAAUCAACCAAAUGGAUUAGUGAUUCAUUAUAAAUUCAUUUAUAAAAUUGAUUUGAUUUUAAUUAAGUCAAGUAACUUGAUUAAUUAACUGUUCAUUUGUUGAGAUUAACUUGAAAUAUUAUAUUCACAGUUGCAACUAAUCCAGAGGAAAAAUAUUGAAAUGAAUUUGAUUCAACAAUUUGGCUAAUUGUUUACAUCGUACAAGUUUUAAUUGAUUAACUGUGUGUAUGUGUGAAUAAAAUUAAAUGAAAUUAACAUUCGAUAAUCAUGAUUAUCUUUCAUGAGGCAACAAUUUUCCAUUAAAUUCUCAACUGAAUUAAGUUGAGUAAUUCAAUUAGAUUCUCAUGAGAAAAGUAUGAAUUUAUUUUCCAACAGAAAAGUCAAACUUUAAAAUGAUUUUCAUCUCAUCAUCAACAUUGACACAUUACAAUUAAUCCGAGGAAAUAAACAAACUUUCAAUUAAAUUGAUUCUCAAAGUGAUUAACAUAAUAUGGUUUUCUAUUUUCUGAUUGAUUUCAGUUCAUUAAUCAGUGUUUAAUCAUGAUCAUCAUCAUCUCCAUGUAAAAAUGCAAGUUGAUCAAUAUGAAACUUGAAACAGUUGAGAGUCUGUUCAAGACAUUCAAGUGACUAAAUUAAGUUUAAAUCAAAUCCAAUUUCUUGAUUCUAAUCAAUAGCAUAGCAAAACAACAGGGAGUGAUCAUUAUCAUCAUCAUUGUGUCACUUUAAUGUGAUCAGUUUUAAUUAACAUCUCAAAGAUAAAUUUAGACACCAGAAUAAUUAAAUCAUAUUGUUAAUGUUUCCCAAAUACAGCAACAAUUAAAAUGGAUAAUGAGAUAAAGUGAUAAUCAUCAUCAUCAUCUUCCUCGCUUUCAUGGCAUCUCUUUCAAGUGAAUCCUCAUUUAAAACAAUUAACGAGACAAUAUAUAACAAUCAUCAUCUAAUUAAAUCUAAUUAUUUUCACAUUUCCAAUGACAAUUACAUGAUAUCAAGUGAAUCUCAUACACUUAUCGAUGGAUUAUCAAAUGACCAGAGUACCUAUGAGAGUUACGUAAAUAGUAAUGGUUUCAAUGAAUCGGACAUUGAUUCUGAUCUUAAUGUUUUCUACCAUCGACCAGAGGAAAUGCUCCUUCCAUGGGUUCAUAAUAGUUUCUUUUACCCGACCAUGGUCACUUACAUAUUGACCUUUAUCUUUGGUGUUUCUGGAAACAGUGUUGUCAUUUGGUUUAUGCUUGGUGACAAAACCAAUCGAAGUGUAACAAGUGUCUUCCUGGUCAGUUUGGCAAUUUCUGACCUCUUAUUACUGACCAUUGUAGCACCUCUUGAUAUAGCCCAUUAUUUUGUCGUUCAAUGGGACGUUAACGGGAAAGUUUGUAAAAUGGCCGCUUUCGCUGAAUCGGUCUCAGCAUUUGCCUCGAUACUCAAUUUGGUUGCUGUUACAUUUGAAAGAUUCAUAGUGAUCGUUUUUCCUCUUCGUUCUCGCUCGUUAUGUACAAUGGAAAAUUGUAAAAAUUUUGUUAUCCUUGUUUGGGCUUUGUCUAUGUUUCUAGCAUUGCCAACGAUUAACAUUAAGGAAAUUAAAACAUCAACCUUUUAUAAUCAUCAAAAUACAACAAUUACUUUGUACGAUUGUAAAGAAUCUCGAGAUACAAUGGGUCUUUACCUUACUAUUUAUAGAUUUAUCUUCCUCUUUGCUCUUCCCUCUAUCUUCAUGAUCGUAUUGUAUACAUGGGUCAUCACUGAACUUUGGAUAUCAACACGAACUAUGGACGAAUUAACAAAUAACUCGAGAGUUCAUCGCUCUGAGUCUCGAGCAAGUAUUAGUAGAGAUACUUGCUCAUCUCCGACUAAUCAUACGGUAAUCCUGAGAAGUCAUUAUCCAGGUCAAGAGACACGAGACGUUAAAUCGGCAAGAAAACAGGUAAUCAAAAUGCUUAUUCUGGUGGUGAUUCUUUUCUUAACCUGUUGGGGACCUCGACUUAUCGGUGAAAUUAUGCUCAUUUGUGGUAUGAAUUUCGCGUUCAAUUAUACAACUUACGUGAUUCGAAUUGUCUUUUUCCUCCUUCCGUUUAUUCAUUCGUGUUUAAAUCCAAUUGUUUACUGUUUAAUGUCAUCCAAAUUUCGUAAGAAAAUCAUUGAUUCAAUUGACCAAUGGUUCCAUCAGGACAGAGUCUCAGCAGUUGAUCUUUCCUCUCGAAUUGAAAACUCUAAUAAUGGACAUUUAACCUCGAUUUAUACAAUACACAAUUCGUUUGAAACUGUUGCCCAAUAAUGUUUCUUUCAUUGAACCAAAAAUUCAACAUGUAUAUUAUUGUAACUCUCAUAAUAAUAAACAACCCUUUCAACCUCAA